GCCGUCACUGUGGAUACGAUGAACCUGUAAACACCUCCAUCUAAAGCUUAGACUCCUUAUAGAAUUAAAAUGCAAUAGAUAAAGAAACAUUAUAUUUAUAAUUCUUUAUAACUGGAGCCAUGUGGCAGGAUCUGUCCAAGGAUGUCAUCGCUGCACAAGUCACAUACUUUUCAGGCCACAAAGGUGAGGUGAAUUGCUGCGCAUUCUCACCCGACUGUCAGUUAGUGCUCACAUGCUCAGAUGACGGUCGCCUUUACCUGUGGAGAGCAUCUAAUGGGAAACUCGUGGCCAAAAUUCGUGCUCACACAGGCCCGGUGAAAUGGUGCACUUUUUCCAAGGACGGCUGUUUGGUCGCGAGUGCGUCAUAUGACUGUACCGCACGUGUCUGGAGCACAUCACCAAUCAAGUGCGUUCACAUAUUAAGAGGUCACUUGCGAAGUGUUGAGACAGUGUCCUUCAGUCCCGACAGCCGAAGCCUUGUAUCAGGGGGGUGGGACAACACAGUACUGCUCUGGGACAUUCAGACUGGACUUAAACUGGGGCAGUUCUGUGGUCACAGUGCCGCUGUUCAGAGUAGUGCAUUCUCCACAGAUUCCCAGUGGCUGGCCACAGGCUCAUGGGAUCACACUGUGAAAUUGUGGCACCUCAGUGGUGAUGAGGAGGUUGUGACCUUAACAGGGCAUCAGGGGAAUGUGGCCUGCCUCUGCUUCUCCACCACUGGAUUGUUGGCGUCUGGUUCGUGGGACGGAAAAGUGCGCGUGUGGUCACUGCAGAGGCGUGAGUGUGUGUUCGUGCUAGGUGGGGAUGAGCGUAUGUGGGUGAGGUGUGUGGCUUUCUGUAGAAAUGGGUCAGUACUGGCUUCCACUGCUGAAGGUGACAGGGUUAAAGUCUGGGACAUGGCAGACGGCAGGUGUGUAAACUGUUUACAGGGGCACAAGGACUCCGCGUACGGGUGUGUGUUCAGCCCUAGUGGUGCCCUGCUCACCAGUGGCUCAGACCAGCUGGACCUGGAUGAGGAGGAAGACAGUGAUGAUGAUGGAAAAGAAAACAAUAAGCGGAAGGAAGGGAAAGACAAAUUAAAGAUUGCUCACUGUAAAUAUUUUUGGAAAAUUGGUAGCUGACACCAUUUCUGUUCACAUAACACAGACAAUUUAGUUACUCCAGUCAGCCUGCAUUUCUUUGACAAAUAGAGGAAACCGGGGUACAUGGAGAAAACCCUUGAAGCACUGGAAGAACAUGCGAUCUCUGCACACACAAGGCAGAGGUCGAGAAUCAAACCCCCAUACACAGAGUUUAGUGCAAAUGAUAUCCUGUGUGGACAUUAUAACAAGGAUUCAGGGAAGAUUCCUGGAUUCAGUGAAUCCAAAAUGACUGUUACCCUGCUCAUUCCCAUGUUAUUGAGAGAACUAAGAAUAAAUUGCUAUAAAUGAUUUCUCCAUACAUUAUUUACAGUAAUAGUCUUGACAUUUUUACAAAACCUUGACAUAUUUAUGUACAUUGGGGAUAUUGAGUCUAAUGAACGUUUUUGACGUAGCAUAGAAUCACGAGGUCUUGUUCUGCUAUAAACUGUUGUGACAGACCCAUAACAGGGACUACAGUAAAAAUAAGACCACAUCCCCAAUUACAAAUUUAUGCAAUCAGGUAACUGUAGUAUUUUUUAUUUUUCUCCAAAAUGUCUCUGUUUUUCACAUAUAUGUUGUAAUGUCACAUUGAGGUUGGAAAACAUUCUGACAUGAUUUAAUGUUGGGUUUUUUCUUUUCUUUUGUUUUAUAGCACAAAACCCUACCAUUUUAAUAGGAGUAGAUAAUACCACAAAUCCAAAAGGUCCAGGAAUCCUGUGGUUUUUACUCAUCCUUUUCUCACUGUUUUUCUCCCCUAUAUUAAAUUGUACAGAUUAAACAGAGAUUUGGUCUAUAGAUUGUGGUGUACAUAAUCAUUUUUGUCCAGUGAUCAUGUUAUAACAAGCAUUUAAAGUCUGCCCCAUAACCAAAAGUUUUUAAACCAGAACUUGUACAAGGUUACAUAAAAACUUCCUUUUGUAGACUACUCCUAAAUGUUUAGCUGAAUAUUCACAAACUUAAAUUGUUAAAAUAAUCAGCAGAGCCUAAAACUCAAUAAUUGUGUUAACAGUGAGAAUUGUAAACAAUGCCAUUAACAGUCCUAGUAGAAAGAAUCUUGGUUUACUCUAACUCGGGAAUGGUUACAUGGAUUCACACACAAGGUAUGUCCAGUACAAAAGGCUGAGAGAGUCUGCAAAGGCUGGGCUG